GGAGCGUGCGCAGUGCCGCGGGGCUCGCUCCCCGCGUCCCCUCCCCCUCCAUGCAGCGCUGAGGAGACGGUCGGCGGAGCGGAGCAGGGGAGGCCCGGGGCCUAGCGGAGCGGGCUGGAGCGGCGGCGGCGGCCCCGGCGCCAUGGAGGGGAUGGACGUGGACCUGGACGCCGAGCUGAUGCAGAAGUUCAGCUGCCUGGGCACCACCGACAAGGACGUGCUGAUCGGCGAGUUCCAGCGGCUGCUGGGCUUCCAGCUGAGCCCGGCCGGCUGCGCCUUCUUCCUGGACAUGACCAACUGGAACCUACAAGCAGCCAUUGGAGCCUACUAUGACUUCGAGAGUCCGAACAUCAAUGUGCCCUCCAUGUCCUUCGUUGAAGAUGUUACCAUAGGAGAAGGGGAGUCCAUCCCUCCUGAUACCCAGUUUACAAAAACAUGGAGAAUACAAAAUACAGGGACAGAGGCAUGGCCCCCAGGGGUUUGUCUUAAGUACGUCGGGGGAGACCAGUUUGGCCACGUAAACAUGGUGAUGGUCAGGUCGCUAGAGCCCCAGGAGAUUGCAGAUGUCAGCGUUCAGAUGUGCAGCCCCAGCACAGCGGGAAUGUAUCAGGGACAGUGGCGCAUGUGCACUGCUACAGGACUCUAUUAUGGAGAUGUCAUCUGGGUGAUCCUCAGCGUGGAGGUUGGAGGACUUUUAGGAGUAACGCAGCAGCUGUCAUCCUUCGAAACGGAAUUCAACACACAACCACAUCGCAAGGUAGAAGGAAACUUUAACCCCUUCGCCUCUCCGCAGAAGAACAGGCAACCAGAUGAAAACAACCUAAAAGACCCUGGGGGUUCUGAGCUAGGCACAAUCGGCAAAAACACGUGGGGGCCUGCUCCUGACCAAAUUGAGCAAGAUCAGAAUGGACUGUCACAAAACUCUGUAAAUCUCUCCCCCAGCAGUCACUCGAACAACUUGUCGGUAGUGACGUACAGUAAGGGUUUCCAUGGUCCUUAUCCCUUUGGACAGUCUUAAAAACAAACAAACAAAAAAACGGGUACCGUCAAGAGGAGAAUUUAACAAAGAACUGACUCAUGAGGGACAGAGUGGGGUUCUUAUGGCUUAUAGAAGACACGGCAUGGAUUCCCUUCUCUGCCGCCGUAACCUGGAUAAAGAAGAAAACAAAAACCAUAACUUAAGACUAGUGGUUUCCAGAGGAAAACAAAACAAAACUGAAGUAUGCAUGUGUGAAUGCUGAAUUUUAGGAGUGCUGUUCAAUGCUACGAGAAAGAAAAUACACCAACACCAUGGGUUUUUUUUUAGAGGUCAUUAUCACAAUUAAUUAGGUAGCUGAAAAAGUUUAAAAAAAUUAAAAUGAAAGCCAUCUUUUUAAAAGAAAAAAAUUUUGCCUACAGAGCAGUUAUAGUUUGAGCAAAUGUUUAAUUUUUUUGUUUGUUUCCUGUUCAUAAUUUUUUUAAUAAGGGACAGAGUGCAUUUUUAUGGAACUGUCGUGUUCGCUUGCUACAGAACGGGAGCUCACUUAGCAUAUUCUGGGGCUCAUGCAGUGACUUCUUUUUGUAUCUAUGUUGGAUGUUUUUAAUGUGCGAUUGGGCCAGCACCCAGCUCUGUCAAUUUCAGUGGUAUCAGCCGUUUUUAGUUAUCAACUUUUUAAUCUUCCGUUUUGUCUGUGACCUUAGUGUUAUCGGAAACCUCAGUCAAGACCAAACUGUUGUAUUAGGAUGGGAGGACUCUAGCAUUGAGUUAACCUGGGAGGUUCAUUUUUCUCUUGGAACUUGAAAUAUACAUACACGUAUUUCAGUAAGAAACAGACAUACAAGAGUUCCAAAGCUGGUCCUAAAUGAUUGGUAUUUUAAAAUGCUGUUUUGUUUGUCAAAUAUUGGUGUCCAAAAUGUGUAUCUGUCUUGUGCCAAGAGGAAAUUAACUUUCUGUAGCUGUAGUUCACCAAACAGUAAUUAUAAAGUUAUACAAAAGCCAUGUCCCUUUGGGUUUAAACCUCACGUCCCUACCCUUUUUAUAUAAGUAGAAGUUUAAUUCCUCUCUCCUGUGAUUAAAGUACUAGCUUAGGAGGCAGAGGCCAAUUGUUUUUGAAUGUAGAGCAAGAAGUUGAAUCAUCAGCUGGAUUCCACAGUAGCGCCUUGUAUUCUUUUGCCUUUUUACUGUCCUGUAGCUUCUUUGAGGCUCUAGCUUUCUGGAUGGGUCUCAUCAAGCCUCCUGUUCAGAAGAGGAAGAGCUUUUCUGGACAUGAGGGUCACUUAGCUCUGAGCAUCCUUGGAGGAAUGAUAGCCAUGUGCAAAUGAGACCAUGCAGAGCAAUUGUGGAGGGUGGUGGAAUUCCGUUUCAGACUUUGAGGUAUUGGGUCACUGUGAGCCAAGCAGCCCAGGUACUUGGGAAGAGAAUGGGUUUUUUGGAGGGGAGACACUAAUUCAGAAACUUGAACCAGGCCGUAACAGCCAUCUGCCAAAGAUUAAAAUAAUAUGCAAUGUCCCCCAUCAUCCUUCUCCAAAAACCCCCAUCCCAAACUAUCCAUUCAUGUUGGGAGCUGAGUGCGGGGUAUGCCUGCUGGCGAGAGCAAUGCAAGGCUUUAGGCUUGCCUAGUCUGCACCCAAGCCCCAGUGUUUGCUUGGUUGACUUAAGCAGGGUUUCAUUUUCAGUGCAGUUUCCAUGGGCCUUAUUCUCCCAGGCAUAUGGGUAGCUUCUGUUGAGGCUGGUGGGCACUGUUGGUAUCCUGCCAGGGAAGAAUUAGACCCCUGGUGAGGCAUUUGGAUACUUGUAGUCUCGAGAUCCCAGUGAACAGCUACCCUGGCAUUGCUCCAUUAGUGGGUGUUUGAUAUUUUAGUUGUCUAUUAGACACUGGAUUUCAAAGGACAUGUUCCCUUUUAAGAUUGAAAAUUUCCCUUUCAUCUCUCUCUAAACACACAGGUGGGGCUGGGGACAGGGUUGUAAUGGAUGGCCCCUUGGAUGAAGAAGGUCGGGGAGUUUGGAGGAAGGUCCUGCCUGGCUUACACAGCUCUGGUUGGGGUGUUAACCUGAAGGCUUGUGGCGGGAUGGCUGCUUGCUAGACUUGGAGAAGGGGGUGCAGAUCCAUCUUUGUGCUUUGAAUGCAGUUUAGGAGGUGGAGACUGUAUUUGGUUAGUUGUAGUCAUAAGACCCUGUAUAUGUCUUGUAAAAUCCCUCUUGCUGUGGGCAAGAUAUGUUGUUCACCAGUCACAAGGAAGCAAGUGUGUAAACAGUCAUGGUGAAGUGUGGGCGAGGUUUGAACUGUCAUGACAAGCAUGUAAGGCAUGAGCACGUGCACAUCCAAUACCCAGCAUGUAGUAUCCCCCCCUUGCCCCUCCCCCCCAUGUGUGUCCCUUCUGGAAGUUUAGUCGAAGUGACAUGGCUGCUCAUUGGUCUCUUCACAUCUGCUUCAUCCGUUUGUUGUGUAGAGGAGGAGGAACAAGGAGUUCUGGGUUUCUGACUGCUGCUGCCAUUGGGCCCAGAACUCUGCAAACCUUGUACCAGCAGGGGCCGCUGUGCGACCCUCAAAGCCAGCUCUCCUGACUCCUGUUUUCUCUUCUGCUGUUCCCAGGCACAUAGGCUUCACCCAAGCAAACUGGCCAUGUUUACACCCGCCUAUCACUAAAGCAGAAUGUAUUUUGUUCCUUUUCCUAGAGAAAGCUAGAGUGCACCCCCCAUUGUUUCUGUGCCUUCUCCGUCCAUUCUGCACAGCUCUCAAUGUUGUCGCCUUUCUUGAGUGUGUCUCAGUCUAUCGUGCCCUUGUGAUUGGGUUGUUCAUGGAGUGAAGAAAGGCAGGGCCUGAUUUGAGCUGCAGUUGCAAUAAGUCAGCCUGUUAACGCUGGCAUAUUACAGCGGUUUCCUAGGAAAUCGGUCUGGAGCAUAAACACAACCCUUAUCAGCGGGGAGGAUCUCUCUAUAAAUAACUGCAAAAGGCUCAUAACUGUUUCAGGGUGUUGGUUAGUGUGAUAAUGAUGGGAAGAUAUUUAAAUUGGUAAUUAAUCUGCCUCUUCUCUCCAGUGAAAACUGAGUCCCCUGAUAUUCAGCGAUGCACCCAGGCCCCAAAUUUAAGCUACUAUUAAAUUUGUAACGUUUUCAAAAGAGGAUUUCAGGGAGGCUAAGCAAAGGUCUCUGCUAGUCAUAGUUGGGGUUGAAAUUGCACUGCUUUCCUAGGGACAACAUUUUCAAGGUUUUUUUUUGGGGGGGGGGGGCUAAAUUUAGGUACCUAAACCAAAAAUAGCCAGAUUUUUUUCAGAAGUGCUGAACACCCAAGUUUCUCAUUGAUCUCAGCAGGGAGGACCUCUGCAAACCAGACCUGAAUUACAUGCCUAAUUUUAGGCACUCAAGUUUUAAAAUGUGAUCUAGGACUCGGCGCCUCAGCAAAUGGUUACCUACCUGAGAUUGCUGGGCAAGGGAAGAGGCCCAACAAAGUUUUCCCUAUGCCUUGUUACCCAAGCCAGGCUGAUGUCCCUGACUUUGGGAACAAAGGGGCUGGUACCCAUUGGUCUGAGACAGGCUGUUGUUAUGGAGGGGCUGCAGUUGGCUCUGGGCCCUGCCUUUCCCUGGCUGCUGCUGUUGUGGGGAGGAGGGUCUUGGAGUCCUGAGAGGGCAAGGCAAAUGGAGAUGUCUUCAAAAAAGGCAGUUUGAACUUCCAAUACAUAUUUGUUUUUUAAAUGGAACCUCGAGCGUGGUGUGAGCUGUUGAGUUUGGAAAUGUCUGCUAACCCUUGUGUCUCACAGUGUGACUCAAGUCUGGGUUGCAAAUGUAUCCUGUCCCAUGGCUGAGAGAGCCUGGAUAAGCUUUCUGCCCCUCUGGCUGGAAAUGUGCUUUGUACCUGGGAAGGGGUGUCUAGCCUGCUUUGGCAUGGCAGAGAGUAUCUGCUGCCCUAUGUCUUGAGGGGUGUGUGUGUGUGUUUGUGGGGUGGGGGGGAAAGAAUGCAUCCUGAAACCUCCAGGGUUUGGGAGAUGCCUGAGACCCCAUAACUGGGGAUGCAAGUGCAAUCCCAGACCCCAUGGGUAUGAGCAUAAUUGGAGUCUGCAGAGCUAGGAAAUACACACUGUCCCCUGUUUCUGUUGGUUUUUUUUUUUCUUGUGUGAGUGAGUGGUUGGUUCUGCAGCCUGUCUUUAUUCCCUCUGGGGGGAGUGCAUGUGUAGAACAGGGUGGUGUGUUGCCUCAUUGAGUCUGGGAGAAGUCUGAUGAUAGCACAUUGGGGAUAAUAAAAAAAAAAAAGGAAGCUUUUUCCUUUAAUGUAUAAAUGAAUAUUUGUAUGAUUAAAUUAACACAGAAAAAUUA